AUGACCGUGUCUGAUUUCGAUGUUGAAGCCACAUUGGCUAGAUUAACUUUGGAAGAAAAAGCCAAGUUACUUGCUGGGAUUGAUUUCUGGCACACUGCUCCUAUUCACAGAGUCGGGAUUCCUAGUUUGAGAUUCAGUGAUGGUCCCAACGGUCUUAGAGGUACCAAGUUUUUCAACUCGGUACCUGCUGCCUGUUUCCCCUGUGGAACUGGGUUGGCUGCUACUUUUGACAAGAAGCUUUUGGAACAGGCCGGUGUGUUGAUGGGUGAAGAAGCCCACCACAAGGGUGUCCAUGUCAUCUUGGGACCAACCAUGAAUAUCCAAAGAGGACCAUUGGGUGGUCGUGGGUUUGAAUCAUUUUCCGAAGAUCCUUAUCUUACUGGUGUCGCUGCUGGUGCUAUCAUCAAGGGUAUUGAAAGUAAAGGUAUUGCUGCUACCCCUAAGCAUUUCGUGUGUAACGAUUUGGAACACGAACGUAAUGCCAGUGAUUCUAUCGUUACUCAACGUGCCUUGAGAGAAAUUUAUUUGGAACCAUUCAGAAUUGCCUUGAGAGAUGGUAAGCCAAGUGCCUUGAUGACUUCGUACAACAAGGUCAACGGUACCCAUUGUUCCCAAAAUGAACACCUUUUGCAAGAGAUCUUGCGUGAAGAAUGGGAAUGGCAAGGUACCGUCAUGUCCGAUUGGUGGGGCACUUAUACCACUAAGGAAUCCCUUGCUAAUGGUUUAGACAUUGAAAUGCCUGGUCCUACUUAUUUCAGAAAAGUCGAAGCUAUUUGCCACAUGGUCAAGACUCGUGAAUUACACAUCAAUAAGCUUGAUGAUAGAGCCAGAUCAGUCUUAAGAUUAAUCAAGGUUGCUCUCCAAUCCGGUAUUCCUGAAGGUGGCAAAGAAACCACCCAAAACAACACUCCCGAGACCAGUGCUUUACUUCGUAAAUUAGCCCUGGAUUCCGUUGUCUUGCUUAAGAACGAAGGUAACAUCUUGCCAUUGAAACCAGAAGAAACCGUCGCUGUCAUUGGUCCAAACGCUAAGGUUGCUGCUUACUGUGGUGGUGGAUCCGCCGCUUUACGUGCUUACUAUACCACUACACCAUACGACUCUAUUGCUGCCAAGGCCAACACCAAGCCAAAGUACACUGUCGGCGCCUAUGCCCACAGAUUGUUGCCUGCUUUGGGUCCUCGUUUAAUUAACCCAAAGACAGGUCAAACCGGUUACAACAUGAAGUUCUACCUUGAACCAAGAGGCACCCCACAGAGAACUUUAGUUGACGAAUACAACUUGGAUAUUUCCUUGCUUCACUUCCCCGACUACUACAACAAGAAGGUCAAGGAUAACUUGUUCUACAUUGACUUUGAAGGGGACUUCACUCCUGAAGAAUCAGGUGAUUACGAGUUCGGAGUUACUGUUGUCGGUACUGCACAGCUCUUCAUUGACGAUAAGCUCGUGGUUGACAACAAGACCAAGCAACGUCAUGGUGAAACCUUCUUCAACGUCGGUACUGUCGAAGAGCAUGGUAUUAUCGAGCUUGAAAAGGGCAAAACUUACAAGGUUAGAGUUGAGUUUGGAUCGGGUCCUACUUACACUUUACCUUCUAAUGGUUGCGAGUUCUUUGGUGGUAGUAUUAAUCUCGGUAUGGCCAAGGUUAUCGAUGAUGAUGAUGAAAUUGCCAAUGCUGUCAAGAUUGCACAAUCUGUCGAUAAAGUCGUUGUUUGUAUUGGUUUGAACCAAGAAUGGGAAUCGGAAUCAUUUGACCGUCCCCACAUGAAGUUGGAAGGAUACCAGGACAAAUUAGUUGAGGCUAUCUUGGCAGCUAAUCCUAAUACCGUGGUGGUUAACCAAUCGGGUACCCCAGUUGAAUUGCCUUGGGUUGAUCAAGCCCCAUGUUUGCUCCAAGCUUGGUACGGUGGUAACGAAUCCGGUAACGGUAUCGCUGACGUGUUGUAUGGUGAUUCUAAUCCAAGUGGUAAGCUUACUUUGUCCUUCCCUAAGCGUAACGAAGACAAUCCUGCAUUCUUGAACUUUAGAACUGAAAGAGGAAGAGUGUUGUAUGGUGAAGAUAUCUUUGUUGGUUACAGAUACUAUGAAAAGUUGGGUAGAGAAGUUGCCUUCCCAUUCGGGUAUGGUUUAUCUUACACCACAUUCGAUUUCUCCAACUUGAAGGUCGAUGUCAACCAAAACACUCUUCAGGUUGCCGUUCAAGUUGCCAACACGGGUAAGCUUGAUGGUUCUGAAGUUGUCCAAGUAUAUAUCUCCAAAGACGAUUCUGACGUGAUCAGACCUGUCAAGGAAUUAAAGGGAUUCGAAAAGGUCCAUUUGAAGGCUGGUGCCAAAGAUACUGUCGUUAUCGAAUUGCCCUUGAAAGACUCUGUGUCUUUCUGGGAUGAAUACCAAGACAAAUGGUCGGUGGAAGCUGGUGAAUACCAUGUUCUUGUCGGUAACAGCAGUGACCACACUCCAUUGCGUGCUUCUUUUACUAUUGAUCAAAGUUUCUUCUGGAAAGGUAAUUAG